AUUCCCGGGGGUACCUUCGCACCCCGCCUUCGACCCCAACGCAGAUCGCUCGGUCGGAGCCAUGUCUGACCACCACUCCAUCACCAAGGAGCAGCCCGGUCGUGUGCCAUCUCCAUCGCUGCACGAAGCGGGUCGCACGAGUGCGGUGCGAGCGCGGCUUGACCGCCUCGCGCACAAGAUCACCACCAAGGAAGGCUGGCUCGGCGAUUACGACUACGCGUGGCUCUGCACGCCGACGCUGCCGUGCGCGUUCGGCCGGAAGAAGCGGAAAACGACGCCGCCGUUCUACGCGCUGGACUCGGACCUCCCCCUCGUGCUUGCGCUCGCGUGCGGCCUGCAGCAUGCGCUCGCGAUGCUCGCGGGGCUCAUCACGCCGCCGAUCAUCUUUGCGAGCACGCUGAACCUGGAUGCGGAGACGUCGGCGUACAUGAUCUCGGCGUCGCUCAUCGGGUGUGGAAUUCUCAGUCUGGUGCAAAUGUCGAGGUUGCAUCUGUUCAAGAACUAUUACCUCGGCACCGGGCUGAUUUCCGUGGUGGGCACGAGCUUUGCGACGCUGAGUACGGCGGACGCGAUAUUUAAUGCUAUGUACGCGAACGGAACAUGCCCCUCGACCACCGCCGCAGAUGGUACCGUCACGCGCGGUCCAUGUCCAGACGCCUACGGCAUGGUGUUAGGAACGUCAAUAAUCUGCUCCUUCCUCGAAAUAUUCAUGUCCUUCGUUCCGCCUCGUAUCCUGCAGAAAGUCUUUCCGCCAAUGGUGACCGGCACGGUCAUCCUCAUGAUUGGUGCAUCGCUCAUCGGCUCGUCGGGCAUCCCGGACUGGGGCGGCGGCUCGAACGACUGCAUGAGCAGGCCCACGUCGGGCUUCUACGCGCUCUGCCCAGACAUCUCUGCGCCGCGCCCUCUCCCGUGGGGCUCGCCUGAGUUCAUCGGGCUCGGCUUCCUAUCGUUCGUGUCGAUUAUCCUCACCGAGCUCUUCGGCUCGCCGUUCCUCAAGAACGCAUCCAUCAUCGUCGGCCUUGCGGUAGGCUGCAUCGUCGCCGGCGCGGCGGGCUACAUCGACGGGAGCACGAUUUCGAGCGCGCCAGCAGUUACAUUUCUGUGGGUGCACCGGUUCAAGCUGCGCGUGUACCCGCCGGCGAUCCUGCCGAUGCUGGCCGUGUACAUGUCAGUCGCGAUGGAGGCGAUCGGCGACAUCACCGCGUCUGCCGAGGUGUCGCGUGUGGCCGUCGACGGCGAAGAGUUCGACACGCGGAUCCAGGGCGGGGUGCUCAGUGACGGCAUCGGCGGGUUCCUCUCCGCGCUGUUCACCGUCACACCGCUGUCGAUCUUCGCACAGAACAACGGCGUUAUUGCGAUCACGCGCUGUGCGAACCGCACCGCGGGGCGUUUCUGCUGCAUGUUCCUCAUCUUGUUUGGCGUCCUAGGCAAGAUUUCGGGUGUCUUCCUCGCAAUACCAAACCCCGUGCUCGGCGGCGUGACGACGUUUCUAUUUGCGUCAGUCGCAGUGUCGGGCAUUCGUGUGCUCUCAUAUUGCCGCUUCACGCGCCGGGAUCGCUUCGUGCUCGCGGCCGCUCUGUCGUUCGGCAUCGGCGACCUGCUUGUGCCGAGCAUCUUUACUCACUUGUUCGACGGCGUGAGCCAUCCGAACAAGGGCCUACAGGGUUUCUUCGACUCGAUUACGAUCGUGCUCAGUACACCGUUCCUCGUCGCAGGUAUCGUCGCUGCUGUUCUGAACCAGGUGCUGCCACAGGAGGACGAAGACGAUGGCGGCGAUGAACCCAGUGUUGAAGUCAUUGACGUCGAGGGGCAUCAUGUUCAGCUUGAAAAAGAAAAACACGAGGAAUGAUUUCUAACCUUUCUUUAGGCUGUAUAUUACAUUACUUUCGACACGUAAACACGUUGGCGGCUUGUAGCGUUCUCCAACGGAAGGUGCGGCAAUAGUAUACCGUGUUGCUGUCGUAUCAUUCCUUACAUCUUAAAGCUUAUCUGAGUAACUAUUUGCGAAACGCGCAAAUUGU